AUGGCCGCCGGCGCCGGCGCCGGUCAAGGGGACAUAUCCGGAGGCGAGUCGGAAGGGGAAGAGGAGACUAUCAUGCUUCGCGGCCGCAGCAAGAACCGGCAGGCUGUGGAGCUGAUUAUCAAGCAGGAGAUCUGCGCGCUUAAGAACGCCCGGCCGAAGAUCACGGCGGCCGGGAUCUGCCAGGUGCUACGCGCAAAAUACGGUAACUCCACCGUGCGAGAGUCGCAGAUCCCGCGCAUCCUGCGCGACGAGCACAAGUGGGGGCGCGCGCCCGCGAACUUCAAGCGCGUGAGGCAGCCGCAUAACGUGCGGCUGGAGGAGGCUCUGGCCAUGUGGGUGCGGGAUAUGAAGGCGCGAGGCGACUUCCGAGUGACGUGCGAUCGCAUCCUGGAGCAUGCGAAGGACAUUGGUCCGUCCCUAGGCGUUCCCGCUUCCUUCAGAUACAGCCGCGGGUGGAUCUCGCGCUUCCUCAGGCGCUGGGGGCUCACACGCAAGGCAGUGGAGGCAGCAAGGGAGGCCAAUUUCAACCCCCUCGACCCCUCCUCGGGCCCCUCACACGGCGGUGGGGGGGGGAGGGGUUGUGGGCACCAACAGCGCUGCACACAUCAUCGACACCAGGAGCUGAGGAGCCUAUUGGAGCUUUCAAUGUGUUCUAUUCCGUUUCUUCCCCUUCCCUUCCCUGUGGCUUCAUGCAUGCAACCCCGCAGAUACAGCCGCGGGUGGAUCUCGCGCUUCCUCAGGCGCUGGGGGCUCACACGCAAGGCAGUGGAAGCAGCAAGGGAGGCCAAUUUCAACCCCCUAGACCCCUCCUCGGGCCCCUCUCAUGGCGGUGGGGGAGGCACUGACAGCGCCGCACACAUCAUUGACAGCAGGAGCCUACUGGAGCUUGCAGACGAACAGCUAGAUCUGGAGGAAGCUGCUCGCCGCGCAUCUGAGCCGUCGGAUUUGCUCGCUGAGCUGGCAGAUGAGGAUAUUCUAGCCGCCGCGGCGAGCAUCCCUGCGGUGGGGAGCAGCGUCGUGGUGGCCGUGGCAGGAUCCAGGGGCGGGCAGUAUGCUCCUGGACCUGGGGGAGCUGGGGGGGGCGGCAUGCACUAUGCUCCUGGGGCUGGGGGGGCUGGUGUGGGGGGGAUGGGGGGUGAGGGAGAGUCCGUUGGGGAGGGGCAGCUGCAGGCUGUAGCGGAGGAGGUGCUUCUGGGGCUGGACGGAUCUGUAGCACGGGCGCCAGCUCCUGCUGGUGCUUCUGGCGCUGCUGGUGCUGCGGGUGCAUACGCGCCUGGCUCACACAUGCUUGUGCCAUCCGGAACUACCUUCUCUGCCUCUCAAGGCCCAUACACGUCCUCUGCCCUCGCCCACCUCUCUUCCGCGCCUCCCCACGCUCCCCAUCCCCCGCCGCCGCCCCCCCAGCGGCGGCGCAACAUCACAGUGAAGCUGAAGCGCGCCAUCUGCGUGCUGAAGCGCGCCAAGCCGCGCCUACGCGCGUCCGCCAUCAUAGACGCCGUGCGCGCGAGCACGGGGAUCUCCCUGGGCACGCACCAGGUCUCGCGCAUUCUCCAGGACAGCGACCGUUGGAUGCGCGCUCAGGCCAACGCGAACGCCGUCAAACGCGUGCGGGACCCUGAGAACGCCGCACUAGAGGAAACCCUAGCUGAGUGGGUGAAGGAGAUGCGGGCGAAGCAUGGCGAGGCGAUGGUUACCAGGGACGAUAUGAUUGACCAUGCGAAGAGGAUCGGUCCCGGUGACGAGGAUAAUUUCCUUCGUCUGGUGGAGGAGCAGCUUGCUGAGAUUGAAAAGGCAGGCGGCAAGGCAGCCAGGGCUGCGAUUGUAUGGGGCGAAGGGGGCGAGGGGGCCGAAGGGGGAGCAGGAGAGGGCGGAGGAGCAGGAGAGGGCGGGUCUUCCGAAGGGGAGGAUACCGGGGACGAGACGGAUAUAGGGGAAGGCGGGGGUGAGAGGCGCCAGCGGUACGGUCCCGGGGUGUUCGGAGCGGUUGGGAGCGGUGACGGGCCGGGAGAUGCACUUGAUGUAGACGCGGACGGGAUCAGAAGGCGGCGGAUGGUCCAAGUAAAGGUGAAACGGGCGGUGUGUGCGCUGAAACGAGCACGGCCUGAGCUCACUAGCAGGGAGAUCAUAGACGCAGUGAGGGUGAAAUACGGAGUGGAUUUGCCCCCGUCGGCUGUGCCGCGGAUUUUGAAGUAUGACGAGAGGUGGCAGCAGGCUGGCGCGGUGGCGUCGUGCCGGGUAAGGUCGUGCAUGAAUUCGAAGCUGGAAGAGGUGCUGGCGGCGGCUGUGAGGCGGGCGCUGGCCCGUGCUGCUGGUGAGGCGGGUGAGGGUGGGAAGGGGAGUGAGGGCGGCGAGGGUGGUGAGGGUGGUGAGGGAGGGGAGGGUGUGAAGGGGAGUGAGGGAGCGGAGGGGGCGGGGGCGGCGGGGGGAGAAGGCGGGGAGGAGGGCCCUCUGCUAGGCGUAGCACCUGGAUUCCGCUACUCCAAGGGGUGGGUCUGCCGCUUCCUGCAGCGCUGGGGCUUCGGCAGCAAGCAUCUUAAGAGCGGAGUUCUAGGGGUGGUGGCUUCUGGGGGGAGUGCUAUGGGGGGUGAUAGGGGCGGGGAGGAAGGGGAUGCUGGGGAGAAUGGGGACGAGGAGGGGAGGGAGGAGCGGGAGGACCGGGAGUUGCAGGAGUUGCUGAGUAUUGUGGAUGAGCAGGCGGCUGAGCAGGCGAGAAUGGAGGCGAUGUACGGGUGGGGGUAUGGGGGAGGGGGAUAUGGGGGAGGUGGGUAUGGGGGAGGCGGGUAUGCGGGGUAUGGAGGAGGGGAGACAGGCUCGGGAGGUACACCUGGGCAGGUGCCGUUUGCAGUGGGUGUUCCUGCGGCUAGGCUCGGGAUUAUUCGCACGCCCGAAGCUGCAGCUGCGGCUGCCGCGGCUGAGGCGGCGGCUUGGGAGUAUGCUUCGGGCGGGGGUGCUGGGGGGAUGAGGAAGAGGAAGAGGUUUGGGGUUGGGCCUGGUGACGUGGCAUUGCAUAAUAGGUCGAGAUCUCACUUCUGGGAUUUGAUGGUAACGGAGAUGGCAGGGAAGGGAGAACGAGGAGGGGGGCAGGGGGGAGUGGAAGGGGGGAUGCGGAGUGGUGGGGAGGUGAAAGCAGAGGAGGGUGGGGAGCGGGGAGGGCAUGUGGGUGUGGAGGAGGGGGUGGUUGGGAUGGAGGUGGAAGAGGGUGAUGGGAAGCUUAGGGAGGAACAUGCACUUGCUGCAGGACCAGGAGGUGCCGCUGCUCCUGUGGCGGAGUCAGCAGCUGCUGACACCACUGCCGCUGCUGCGCCUCCUGCUCUUGAUGCUGCUGCUGCUGCUUCUGCUGCUUCUGCUGGUCCGACUGCUUCUGCUGGUCCGACUGCUGCUGCGUGGGCGCAACUGCCGCAGGGGUCCCUGAGGGUCACAUGUGGCAAGCCGGUUACAACCACAGCGGUUACAAUCAAGGAUACGGACCGUCACCAUAUGGUUACAACUCUGGCCCAGGGUGUGGUCCAGGCUAUGGCACCCGGGGAAGGAGAGGAAGGGGAGGCGGUAGGGGAAGAGGGCGGGGAGGGAGGGGGGCAGGCAGGCGCGGGGGGAGCAGCAGCGCUGGUGUGGGGGGAAUUGCGGGGAGCAUUGGGGGGAGUAGGAUGA